AUGCUCUUCUCCUGCGCCGCGCUGCGGUCGCUCACCCUCGCCUGCUGCCGUUUCGCGCUUCCGGCCACCGUCUCCCUGCCGUCCGUCGAGACGCUGCUCCUCUCCCACGUCAAUGGCCCGGACAGCGACGUGCAGCGGCUCGUCUCCGGCUGCCCGCGCCUCGCCGACCUGUCCAUCGUGGCUUGCAGGGCGUUGACCGCGGUCACCGUCCUCGGCGCGCGGCUCCGCAGGCUGGCAAUCCUCUGCUCCGAUAGCCUCGCCGCUGUCGCCGUCGACGCGUCGGAGCUUCGCCACUUCGAGUACAGUGGCUUCGUGCCCGACGGCCGCAACUUCCUCACCCUCCACGGCGACGCGCAACGGCGCCGGGGAAUGGCGUACUGCAAGGUCAACAUCUGCGGCGCGGAGGCGACGUCGGAGUACAAGCUCACCCACCUGAGGCAGUUCCUGCAGCUGUUCGCCGCCGACGCCGAGCACCUCCAGCUCGAGUCCGCCCGCCUCGGCGCCGGCGCCGACAAGGACGCCAGCGUCAGCUUCCCCACCUUCCCCAACCUCCGCCGCCUCGAGCUCUGGGGACGCCUGCCCGACAAGGAUGCCGCCGCCGCCGCCGCCGCGCUCGCCACGGUCAACAGGAUCCUCACCAGCACGCCGGAGCUGGAGUCGCUGGCGCUGGGGUUCCACUCGCCGGCCUACAGCAGGUCGCGGCGGGAGUCCCAGGACUGCCCGGAGGAGCUCCUCAGCGGGCAGCAGCUCAGGUACAACCCGCACGGCCGGGGGCUCGCCGCCGCCCCGCAGGCGCCUUGCCUGAGGAGCACGGUGAGGGAGCUGAGCCUGGUGCACUACCAGGGCGGCGUGGCGCAGCGGUCGCUGGCGAGGUUUGUGCUCCGCAGCGCGCCGGCGAUCGCCGAGGUGUACUGCGGGUGCGCCGAGGGGGACUGGUCCACGCUGUCGCAGCUGAAGCGAGAGAUCAUUGGUUGGGUCAUGAACAAGUCCGCCAACACAAUAUUCGCCUGA